AUGGCUGACGAUGAUGUAGUGAUCAGACGACGUCUAUUGACGCGCACAAGUACUGUUGGAAAGUCGGGGCUGAAGAAAUGCGCCGAAGUAAUGCUCACUCUCAUAGAUCUGCUGACUGACGAGUCUGUAGAUGACGCUACAUGCAAACAGGAGAUGAGUACUUUUUUCUGGGAACUGGAACAGCUUCAAUUCGAGGCUAAUAAGACAGAAAUUUGGAAUUUUACAUGCGAUCGCGAGCUAGAGGAGUAUGAAACGCUUAACUCAGAAAUCGACACGAGCAUUGCGAAGGCUGCGAAAGAUAUAGAGGACUUGCAGGUCAAAAUUCGCGCUGAAAAGACAGUGCGGGCGUAUAAAGAGGAGUACGAGUCUAUUGCUAAAGUGAUUAACAAGCUGCCAUCCCGGAAAGAAAUUGAGACGGAAAUUGAAAAGCAGAAGAAAAUACUAAGUGAUGUCUCCAUGGCUAUUGAAGCGGUGGACGGCAGGUUGGAUCUUCGAACUAAACAAUUUGCUCUACUUAUGAACACAAUCCAAAAUUUGAAGGCCACACUAAAUGAAGAUGCAGUGCUGGACGAGGAAAUGCAAGAGGAAGACGAAGAAAUGGUUGACGUUGAGAACAAGAAUACAACGGAAAAGGAAGCUGCAGGACAAUCAUCACCUGCGUCAUCGUAG